UCACGCUGUUUGACUCUAGAAGCGCGGGUAUGUUUGAGGCUUUCGCCACUUUCGCUGCCCGACGCACAUUAUUCCGCAUGGCUUUGACAGACCAAACUGCAUUCUUUCGGAGAUGAACACAAGCAUAUCUGGACAGAUUUCCCAGCUGACUUGUAACGUUAUUCGGAGAGACGUCCGUGUACCUGUUGGCCAUAUUGUGAUUGCUGAAAGAUGGGCCGGCAGCGAGCUGCAUACCGCCUUAAAAAGCUUGCUUCAAACAGUAGUUUCGGACCACCUGGGAUUGGUUGAUUUCUACCCAUCAAGCAACAGUGCUGUUUUGUACAUCACAGAGGCUGAUCUUCUGAACGAGCAUGCUAUUAAGAGAAAAAUUGUAAAGUUGCGAAAGAACAAUGCUAAGAAGCCCUAUGUCAUUGCUGAACAGGCUGAAGCCCUUCAAGAACAGUACAACAACUUGCAGCAGUUUGCCGUAAUGGAACUAGGAAUUCCUGUUAUGGCUGUACAUAACCAACAUGAAGCAGCACAACUUCUUGCUCAAAUGGAGGCUGUGGAGAGUGGAGAAAAACCAAACCCAUUUUUAGUACCCCGGCGAUUAGCUCCCAUGAGUUCAGCCCUUACCACCUGCCUGCUACGUGUGCCUGGCUUAGGUGAAGUCAAAGCCAGGGCCUUGGUCCAGAAGUAUCACAGCCUUCAAGGAAUAGCUUUGUGUACCACGGAAGACCUUACAAAAGUUGUAGGGCAAGCGUCUGCAGCAAGUAUUCACAAGUUCUUCAGUGGCCUCCAGUGAUGCAAGGAGCCAUGAAUACAGAUGGCAUAUUGUGGUGUUCUUAUGUUCUGACCAAUAAAAUGUAGAAGGAUGGCAGGCAUUUUAAAGUUAACUAACA